UGCUUUGCCUUCUCAUACAUUUCAUCUACGUUCUAUCCCUCUCCUUUCCCUUCUUAGUAAAACACUACAGAUAUGAAGACAAUGGGAACAACACUAGCUUCCCUCCUCCUAUGGACUCUCUUUGUUGGGUUGGUUUCUGGAGACAUGGCCAUUCCUUUGACGUCUACAAGCGACGAAGAUCAGAAGACUUAUUACACUCCAGACCCACAUGCAGGAAGCCCCCCCUCAGGUUCUUCACCAGGGAGUCCACCUUAUGGAACUACACCACCACCUGAUGGCUCGGGAGGAAGCCAUGGAGGAAAACCACCCUCUCAUGGACAUGGUGGUAAAAAACGCAGCCCAAAACCCGGGAACUGUGGAAACCCACCACACACUCCUACUCCAUCAAAACCUCCUUCCGGUGGUGGUGGACACCACAAGUCUCCUAAACAUAAUCCAACACCAUCUAUUCCAUCCACUCCUCCUUCAGAUGGUGGUGGGUAUUACAGCCCGCCCUCUCAUGAUCCCACUCCAACCCCAUCAACUCCAUCAAGCCCUCCGUCUGAUGGUGGUGGUUCGACCCCAUCAACUCCAACUCCGUCAGCUCCUUCAGGUGGUGGAUACUACAGCCCUCCAACUUAUGAUCCCACUCCAACUCCUUCAACUCCAUCAACUCCAUCUACUCCAACCCCAUCAACUCCAUCUACUCCAACUCCGUCAGCUCCUUCAGGUGGUGGUGGGUACUAUAGCCCUCCAACCUAUGAUCCCACUCCAACUCCGUCUACUCCAUCUACUCCAACUCCGUCUACUCCAUCUACUCCAACUCCGUCAACUCCAUCUACUCCAACUCCGUCAGCUCCUUCAGGUGGUGGUGGGUACUAUAGCCCUCCAACCUAUGAUCCCACUCCAACUCCGUCUACUCCAACUCCGUCAACUCCAUCUACUCCAACUCCGUCAGCUCCUUCAGGUGGUGGUGGGUACUAUAGCCCUCCAACCUAUGAUCCCACUCCAACUCCGUCUACUCCAUCUACUCCAACUCCGUCAACUCCAUCUACUCCAACUCCGUCAACUCCAUCUACUCCAACUCCGUCAACUCCUUCAGGUGGUGGAUACUAUAGCCCUCCAACUGAUGAUCCCACAACUCCUUCAACCCCAUCUACACCAACUCCGUCAACUCCUUCAGAUGGUGGAUACAAUAGCCCUCCAACGUAUGAUCCCACUCCAACCCCAUCGACUCCUUCAGGUGGUGGUGGAUACUACAGCCCUCCAACUUACGAUCCUACUCCAUCAACUCCAUCCACACCUCCAUCAGGCGGUAGUGGAUACGACAGCCCUCCAUCUUAUGAUCCUAACCCAUCAACUCCUCCUUCAGGUGGUAAUGGAUACUACAACCCUCCAACAUCUGGUACACCAUUCUAUGGAACCCCACCAACCACAUCAGCACCUCCCUUUGUUCCUGAUCCCAAUACCCCCUUUACUGGCACAUGCAACUAUUGGAGUACGCACCCAGGAGCAAUAUGGGGAUUGUUGGGGUGGUGGGGAACAAUGGGCAGUGUUUUUGGCAUAACAGGCUCUCCAGGCUUUGGAGCAACUCUCAGCUUGCCACAAGCACUCUCAAACACACGAACUGAUGGCCUAGGAUCCCUGUACCGAGAAGGAGCUGCGGCUUUCCUGAACUCCAUGGUCAACAACAGGUACCCCUUCACAACAGAUGAAGUUCGUCAAAGUUUUGUAUCGGCACUAAGCUCAAACAAAGCAGCAGCAGCUCAGGCCCGGGUUUUCCAGAUGGCCAACGAGGGCAGAUUCAAGCCUAGAAUCUGAACCAGAAUAACAAUAAAUUCACCACCUGAAGUAUAACUAUUUUCCGUUUCCUCAGUGUCCUACCUUACUACGUAUUAUAUUAUUUCCUACUGCUAAGAAAUUCCCGUCUAUCUCGGCUUUCCAUAAA